UCUUGAUUGAUCAGCAGGAGCUGACUUGGCAGCUGUCAGAUCACCACGUUGAUGACGUCCAGGAGAAUUAAUGGCGGGAAAGGAAGAGCUACAACCUGCAGCUGAGCUGGCAUCGGCAUCGGCUUGAGAAAGUUUUGUUCGGUCUUGAUUGACACGGUCGGAGAGAUGAUUGAUGAAUGCGAGAAACGAAGAUGAUGGCAGCAGUUGGAUUGGAUUUACAAGGAAGGACGCAGUUCGAUCGAUGGAUCGAUCAAACUGACACCUUACAAGAACGGUCAAUCGACAACCGCUCGAUUGGAUUAGCUGAUCCGACGACCGUCAUCCCAUCCUGUAGUUGGGCGAAUCGACCGAGCAGUUGAUGGGUCCAACAACGGACUGUGCUUGAAGGGACACAAUGGCGAUUCUGUUUUGUUCUCCAAACUAGAUAUAGGGGAGAGAGAGAGAGAGAGAGAGAGAGAGAGAGGGCGUAGGAAAAGGAGGAGGAAGGGGAAGAGGGGGGGGAGGGGAGGGAAUGGGAUGGGAUGGUGGGAGUGAGAGCAAAUGUGAGGGGAAAACAGAUAGAUUCCGCCCCCAAGAAUACCUACUGGGUAGUUUAACACCCAAGUCCUCUCGUUGAGUGGGAAGCACCUGCAGGAACAAGGAACACGAUGCCUGGCCGCCCGAUGUAUAAAUAGAAAAUAGAUCGGUCGGGUGGACAGUCCGCUCGCCUGGUGGUGGUGUUAUCUGGAAUCUUCAGCGGAGGGGGGAGGGAGGGGCCCUUUCGACCGGAUUUAAGAAGAACCUGAGCGGUAGUUUAGCCAGAUUCAUUCAUAAUCCGGUAGGCAGGCCGAUUGUCACAGCGCCAAGGGGCCCCGUACUCAAACCAGAAGAGUAUGAUGUUAAGCGAACCCAAUCCGUUUUCAAGCGGGGGGAAUCUACCUGUUUUCCUGAAUCUAUACGAUGAGAUGAUACUUGCACGUCAGUGCAUCACUGACUUGACACGUGUAAAUGAGCCUUUGAACGGACCAUUGCUGUUCAUCUGGUCUGCUUUCAAGACCCGGUUCGUAGGAUUUGCUGAAACAAUUUCCUCCCAGAUGUUUAUGAUCAUGUACAUUAAGCUAUGAUCAGGCCUGAUAGAUAGUUCACCCCACAACCGCCGUCGUUGUUGACAGACAUUGUAGUGAUGGUGGUCUAUUGGGGGGUUACCACACACUCACACACACACGGAGAGAGAGAGAGAAAGAGAGAGAGAGAGAGAGAGAGAUGUAGAUAUAAGAGGAGAAAAGGAUAAUCGAAGCAAAAGAGCGGGGCAAGUGUUCCGCUACUAGGCCUGUUCGCUGUGGCCCCGCGUUUAUCAGUUGCAGACAUGAAGUGGUUGAUGACCACAAGGGCUGCUUGUACAUUUCCUGCAAAACUCUGUAAAGGAAAAAUAGCCAAACGACAAGAUCGGACUCCCACCUGGGUCUCCAAGUUAUGGACGCUGUAUCUGAUCUGACAAAUAGACAGGCAAUCAUUCAAUCAGCCAAUCAGCCAAUCACGGAAGCGUCUAACGUGAAACGGGCUUAUAGAAAGGCAAAGAGAGAGAGAGAGAGAGAGAGAGAGAGAGAGAGAGAGUAGGGGCAAUUUUCUUUUCUCUGAAAGAAACGGAGUCUUUUGGUAGACUCUUCGUCUUUGAAUUGUACCCACUGCGUACUAAUAACUACACCACGUUCCAUUACAGUCUUUUCGUCCUCUUGCUCGCUCAUGUCCACAGAAGAUAGAUAGAUAGAUAGAGAGAGAGAGAGAGAGAGGGAAUAUUGCUCGACUGUCGUGUCUUGUAAUCAAACGCAGGGCAGGGAACCCCUUUCUCGCUCGAACUUAUCCCAGCUCUUACAACCCCUGUAUCUGAUUGCCCCCCAGCUUUUACUACCCCUGAAUGUGAUUACCUCCCAUCUGUUGCUACCCCUGUAUCUGAUUACGCCCAACCUGUUACUGCCCCUGUAUCUGAUUACCCUUUUUUUUCGUUUUUUCUUUUCCUUUCUCUUUUCUCUCUUCCCCGUAACCCCCCNGGCGCCCCCCCUCGGCCCUGCCCCUUUCUCCCUCUCUCGAUACUAAGCUGAUGAGGGAACUACUCCUCCUCCUCGCCUGUGACCGAUGAUGAUCGCCCUCCUUCGACCGCACAGGCACACGGAAUUUUCUAACUCUUCUUGUAUUUAUUCAUUCCAUAAAUGUCAAAGUCUGUGAGGAAGAGGAGUGGAGAGGUAUGGCGCGGCUGCGGCGUUUCAGUUGAAUUGCAGGCAUUAUAACGUCUAGAUACAGAGUAGAGCCAUUUUUUCUUUUCUCUUUAGGGAAAACAUGCAUCUUGCAGAGUCUCUAAAGUGGCAGGAAAUUUUGAGACUGAUCAAUUACGGCCGUUCGUGGAGCGGGAAGGCAAAGAGAUUGAAUCAGCGAUGACCAUAUCCCUUUUUAGGCAAUUAUGAAUGCUGACGCUGACGUGGACAGAAAUCUGACAUAGACGGUACAGGAAUGUGUCUUUCUCUUUUUUUAACUGGAAAAAAGAAGAUCAUUGACGGCCGCCAAGAGGGUAUCGACAGGCGCUAAGGAGAAAACAUUGCUUCUGUCGGGACCUGCAAGUGCAUGGGCUGUCUAGGUCGGGACGUGCAAGCUCAACGGGUGUCGAUGUCGGGACCUGCAAGUUCGUGGGGUACCUAUGUCGGGACCUGCAAGUUCUUAGGGCCCAAUGAGGUGAUGGGGAGUUCGGAGGGAUGAGAUGGACGGCUUGGGGUCGGUGAAGGGAGGUGGAGAGAGGAAGGAGGUGGAGGGAAGCGGAAAGGAUGGGAGAAUGGAGGGGUGCUUGGUGCGGGAAUCUUGUGCGACGCUGAAAUUCAAUAGCUUCCCGUUUUACUAGUUUUCAAUUAAACUCUUAUAUAUAUACAUAUAUAUACAUGUUUACCCUUCGUGUUUUUAGAUUUAGUAUUUGGCUUUGCCAGGACACUCAGGAGGCUUUGGGCAGCCCGCCACCACGUGUACCGUCGUAUGUCUCAUACGCCAGAGAGAGGAGGGGCAGAGUGGGGGUAAUUACUGUAGAGGAGAAGGGUGUGUGUGUUGUCUACGGGGGCAGACACACACACACACACACACACACACACAGACACAGAGAGAGAGAGAGAGAGAGAAGACGUUUUGAUCGCCGUGAUGGCGGUGUAAGUCAGCCAUUAUGUU